AUGAUCGCGGAGCUGCUGGCUAUGCUGGCCGGCCAUCCGAGCAGCCUGUUCGCUUCUUCAUCGACCUCAGCUUCUGGCACUUUCAAAGUCAGAGACAACCUCACCUUCCUCCAUCCUUCUGAGGUCGAGAUCCUCAAUCAUCUCGCAACCUUCUAUACCCGAUACAACCGCAUCAGAUCGUUUGCAGAGAGCCAGAUCGAGGCUGCUCGACAGCGGGCAAUUCGCUCGGCCCUGCGUGCCAAUUCCCUUGCCAGCCGCAGCGCCCCCGGUGCCAAGGAAGCGCAGACGGAGCUCGAACAGCAGCCGACCCUUCACCUCGUGCCCCUGUGUUCUACGCUGCUUUCGAUCUUGGCAGACUAUCAUGCGCUGGUGCUGCAAACCGAGCGAUUGGUGCUGGACGAAGACGUCGAGCUCGUGGCUAGGACCGGGUUCGUCAGUUUGGCGAAUCUCAGAGCUCGCCUCGCGCCAUGGGAUGCGCCACUAACUGCACUCGACGAUCUUGUGACGCUAUUGAUACGAGGGCCAAACAAGGGCAGAGAUGUGCCAUUCGCAAAGGAGCCUGGCGCCCAAACCGCCCCUCAACAAGGUCAGGAUGGACCAGAGACGGUGAUCUUCCCAGCAGCCUGGACAGGAGGACUGCUGAUCGACCUGCUCAGCUUGAAGGCGUCCACUGGCGUGGAGCGCGUCGCUUCGCACAUGGCCCGAUUGCGCAGUGCAGUAGAGAACAGCUGGAUGCAGCACCUCAUCGCCUGGGUAUGCAGGGGCGAGAUCCACCGUCCAGGCGGUAUCGCCGAUCCGCACGCCUCCAAACGCACGCUGAUCUCUCGAGACCAACUCGUUCAUUGGAUCGACGCAACCGACGCUGACGCGCACAACGAUCACCUCGCUGCUGCUGCUGCCAACGGGGACGGACUGGCUGACUGGGCCGCCUCUUCCGGCAACACGUGGGCGUUCCGAUCCGACGCACUGCCCACCUCGAUCUCUGACUCGACUGCCGAUUCCAUCCUCUACGUCGGCCGGGCACUCUACACUAUUCGCUACGCCAGCGCGUCCACGACCCAUCUUCAGGACACCCCAAAUCGCCCUACUCGACUUUCGGGCCCGCCAGACACCGUCAUCCAGCUGCACGAAUCAGCCCUGAGCAGGUCAGACGUCCGACCAAGUCGCCCUUCUGAUCUCGAUCGAGCGAUCCAGUCGCUCCGCAACGACGUGUCCGAGUGGAUCUUCCGCAACGUGCUGACCACCUCGGUCGUUCACUCCUCGCUACAGUGCCUAGGCGACUACUUCCUCCAUCGCAAUGGCCCCUACAUCCUCUCGUUGCUGGAUGAAGUCGAAACCAUGCGCAAGAACAAGCUCUACCGCGCUCGCUCCGCCGCAGCGAGCGUGAUUCGCUCUAGCGACCUGGAGCUCUCCCUGCGACGCGCAACCGUCGGUACGUGGGCCGAAGACGAUCCUUCUCUGCAACGACUGCGCUUCGCCCUACCCAAAGGCGGCUAUCGACCGAGCCUGACCGGUGCGCGGACAGCCAAAGUCAGAGGCACCGCUGCCAUCAAUCCCGACACUACGUCUGCCGGUCCGACGAGCCUGCAAACCACGCGAUUCGACGACUUCCUCAUCGGCGUCCCCGCGCAGCUCCACUACACCGCCGUGUUCCCACUCGACCUCUUCUUGUCGGCGUCCGACCUGGCCGCCUACUCGCGCAUCUUUUCGUAUCUGAUUGCGAUCAAAAAGGUGCAUGCGCGCGCGCUCGACUGCUGGGUCGCGCUAUCGAAGAACCAACGUGGACGGCGUAAGUUCACGGGCACGGGCGAAGGCGGUGUCGAUGCGCGGGAGGAGAAGCAGCGCGCACGAUUGUUGCGGGCCAGUCUCGGGGUGGUGCGCAGCAUGAAGUGGUUCUUGGAUACGUUGUUGGGGCAUUUUCAGACGGAUAUUGUGGAUGCGCAGUUUGGGACGUUGAUGGAGCGCAUGGGUGGGAAUGGCGUGGGGAACGAGAUGGUCAAAGGAGGGGUGGUGAGGACGAGGAAGGAUUCAGAGCACGUGAGCAGCUCACCGUUGGGAUCCAUGGCCGCGUUAAGCGAGGCGUACGGGGAGGAAGGGCGACCUCGGGUUGUCAGCGGUGCUUCAUCGCGGGUUCCCACCGUCGUCGGUCUCGGUGGCAGCCGGUCGCAUCGCCGACUAGCAUUCCCCGUCUCUGGCCCCGCAUCGCAUGCGCCUGCCCCUGCGUCCGUCGCAGGCCGAGCCGGUCGACGCUUCGUCUCCUCAUCCACGCGCCCCGAAUCCAUCCUCGAUGGCGCCGACACCAUCCGCCACGACACCCCGGACGACGAACCAGACGCAGACGCAGUACUCAAUUUUGCCUCGCUGCGCACGUCGCACACGGCCUUCUUGGCGUACGUGCAGGACGGUCUGCUGCUCUCCAGCCCCGUCGCAUCGAGCAUGGUGCGGAGCAUCUUGGACAUCGCCGACCGCUUUGCGGGGACCGUCGAGCGGUGGGGUGGGGACGUUCUGCCUCCACUGCUCACUACUGGCGCCACACCGGCCGAGAUCAGUGCUGCGAUCGCCGACCGCCAAGCCACCGUCGACGCAGCGAGGGCGGAGAUGGAUAAGGAGCUCGUAGGUUUCUUUCGACUGCUCAGCUCGUCUACCACUUCGACUGGCUAUGUUGGUGCAGGAGCGGCGGACGAGAGCGGACUGGGGAGCAUGAGCGUCUCAGUCGCCCAAAUGAACCUCUCGAGAGACACAAAGGAAGGCGGCGGGAGCUCGGCAAGGAAGCAUCUGGAACAACUGCUGCUGAGACUGGAUUACAGUGGGUUCUUUGCUGAGGUGCUGCAGCGCGAGAGGGCCGGGUUGAAGGUUCGAUUGGAUGAUGCGCUGGGGUGA